CCGUCUGUUUUUUGGGCUAUCAUCGUCGAUCGUACUUACGUCUGUGUCUUCCCACACAGAUGGCAGGAACAAUACAACUACGAGUACGAGUACGAGCAACCAGAAUUCUCGAACCCAAACAGAAUUAGUACCGUACGGUGGUAUUCUUUUCCAGGAACAGCAGGCCUUUUUUGUUUCUUCCAAGUCAGUUCAGUGAUCCAGUCGCCCGUACCGUACUGUACGUGCCCUACGAACUGACUGGUAUUACGAGAAAAAGUGCGAGUACGAGUACGAACAAGUCCUAGCAAGGGGUGCCCCCGAUCGCGCUCUGGCAGAACGCAUCAUCCGCCAGCGAAAGAGCCAGAGUGAGUGAGCCAUCGUUCCCCAUCGAACCGAUUUUGCAUCGCAUCGCAUCGCAUCGAACAGCACACGGCAACACACAAUAUCAUGAGGAUGCACUACCACCGUCCCUUUUUGUUCCUGCAGACGCUGGCCCUGGUCGCCAUCAUCGUCCGGGGACGCGUCCGCGAGGCCGAUGGACUGAUCCAGAAACCCAAGGUGCUCCAGCCCGGGCCUUCCACCGCCAAGUGGGCGGCCAACCACCCGAACCGCAACAGCCAAAAGGACAAGAUGGCCUUUCCCCACGUCCGGCCGCUCGGGCAGCGGCACCGUUCGGACGAGGUGCUGCCGAUGCGGCUCAGCAUGGCCCACAACGGAGACAUCGUCUUUCGAAAGAACUCCGCCGUUCCUAGAAACCGCGUGCUGCUUGCCACGGCGCUGACCGUUACCCUCCUGAAACCCAGGGCGAUCCUCUCACUCCUCGCCAACACCCUGUACAAUCCCUACCAGAACGCGCUGGUCCAGAAUCCCUUGGUCACCAAGGUGAUCACCGGGGCCAUCCUGGCUGUUGCCGGGGACGCCAUGGCGCAGGCCAGCUCGGGCGCCGGGGAAGGAUACGAAUACGACAAGCGGAGGGCCCUGUCCUUUGCGGUCUUUGAUUCGUGCUAUCGCAUGUUUCAGCACAACAUGUUUCCCCUCGUCAUCCGGGCGGGAAGGGGAAAUUUUGUCGGGAAGCUCCUCCCGAUGCUAGCGCCGGCGGCUCCGGCGAUCGAGCAAACGGCGAUCUAUCAGUUUCUCGUGGUACCGGUGAGUGGAGUCGAGUUGUUCCUAUUUUCGAUCCUAGUUGAACUGGUGUUGUGCGGUGCAUGGAUCGAUUGAUUGGGAAUUUAUGGGACUGUUUUUUUACAUGCAAUGGACACGUGGUUAGCUUCAGUUUUCCUCACCCUUUCGAACGUACCGUUUUGCUUUUCUUUCUCGAUAUUGCUUGCUUGUUAGUGCCUUUAUUAUCCUGUGUUCUUGUAAGUAGACCAUGUGGGAAAUUUCUUGCAAUGCACUCGACCUAAUGCCUUGCUUUUUCAUCUAACAAUUGUAUUGCUUCCAAUCUAUUCUUCCUGGUUUCGUUUCCCAGCGCUUUUACCGGAUUCAUACAAGGAUUGACUGUAAAACAGGCGGUGGACAGGAUGAAGGCACAGUUUUUCCGGUGCUGGAGGCGCAACCUCAUGUUUUGGAUUCCGAUGCAAAUGGUCCUCUUUGGCCUGAUUGCAGAGAACUGGCAGAUUCCCUUUGCCUGCCUGGCGGGAAUGGUGUGGAGCACGAUUUUGAGCAAGACCGCCGGCAACACCAAAAAGAGGUGAACACAGAAUACAUCCAAUUUACAAACAUAUGGGCAUACACACACACGCACUAAAUGUGGUGCACCACUUUUCAUUCGAGAUUUUCGAUGUACCAGAUCAAACCAAGCCAAGCGAACACGGUAUAUUCAAUUCACAGCACACUAUCGAUAGAUUUCUCGCACUUCUUUGAAGAAUAAUGUGCGAGAGAGGGAAAACGAACGUGCACGGCGCACAUUCACGAUGAGCAACUACACCGCAACGUUUCAACGAAGUGAAACUCCAGUACUUGUACGCUCUCGGACGAAGCCAUAAGUCAAUAUAAGUUUUGCGAUUUA